CGCCACCCUCUAUCAGGUCGUGCAGAUGUUGAUAUAUAGUGCAGCUUCCCGAUGACGAGACACAUCCCGUGGCCUGAGCUUCUUCAAAGGACGUACAAAAGGUCGUGAGACAUCCCUGACUUCCUCCGUGGACUGCGGCCAAUCCUUGUUUGUCUCCUAUCCAUCCUCCACCGUCGCGCAAGCUAUGUCAACCAGGGUUUUUGGCAAAACGCACCCCAACGGCCAACGUCGCGUGCCUAUAUCGGAUGUUCGCAGCCUCUAUCCAGAGCUCGAUAUUCCACUAUCCUGCUAUCACAAAGUUGGGAUACUCGAUGUCUCGUCGGGGACCCCUGUUCCAGCAGGGAGCAUCGACCCUACCAAUCUCGUUACACCCGGGCAAGUAAAGGUGGCGAAUGAAAACAAAGCCAGAUUGAGGAACAAGGCCAAGGCCAAGUCGUCGAAGCCUCGUGGGGAAUUUCCGAGACGCUCCAACGCGUAUCGGGGAGGAUCGCGCUCGUACGGCAUCGACGAAUCCAUGCGGAACCUGCUGGAUGACAUAAGUUCGGGAUUUGGAUGCACUGCGCCUGGUAUGGCGUAUAAGCACUGGGACGACUAGUGCUUGCGCGUCUGAACAAUGGCCUUCAGGAGCACAUGUGAUUCGAUUAACUCCGCCGCGGAACCAAAUUCCACGUGUCAAGGCACAUUUGGUUCCGCUCGUGGACGUCGAGGGUUGGUCCUGGCCACCAUGCCACUGCAGCACUGCCCGCAGCUAGCCCCGGCGCCUUCUUUCAGGUUCUUUCAUUGAUACACAAUCUAAGCCGGCGUUUGUGUCGCCUCGUGUUCUAGUCAAA